UCUGCCGGCGUAUUCUCGUGUUAAUUCGAUCAUCAGGUGUUUGAAAGAUUCACGCACGCAGAUUAGUUCGUUUCAGGCUUUUCGUACUCUUGUGCGUUACGUUCUCAUUCGAUAAGUGUGUCGAACUGAUCGAAAUAAAUUAAAUUAAUCGUUGAAUAAGAAAAAGAAAGACAGAGAAAGAGAAAGAGAGAUAGAGAGAAAAAGAGAAAGAAAGAGAGAGAGAAAGAGAGAGAGAAAGAGAGAGAGAGAGAGAGAGCACUAGUUAAACGGAACAUUUUAUAUAAAGAAUAUGAAUAUAAAAGUUCAUAACCAUAAAUAAUCGGCGAAGUUAAUGGGACGAGUUUUUGCAUAUCGAUAUACUAUCCAUUAUUGAAAGAGAUUAAGUAGCAAUAUCAACAAGAUCAAAGGAAAAAAAAAAAAAAAAGAAAAGAAAAGAAACAAGAGUUAAUUACGGUCGAUCUGCACGAGGCAGUUAAGUGUUAUGACGAGUUUAAACUCUUUCACGGAUAAAAGUUUAUGUCAUCUCGAUAAACCUUCGAGGGAUGUAAUAGAAUCCGAUGUUAAAACGUUCGAGGAUAAACUACCGAAGGAAUUGAGUCGUCUAGAAUCUCAAGUUGCCGGCCAUACCUUCGAUAAUGAAAAACAAACGAUCGGUAUGUUGAGAGCACCAUUAGGACGGGUGUUAAAGCCCAUCACGAAGCCUCAUCUCGGUGAGAGAGAAAUAUCGUUCUAUGAGAACUUGCAAAAUUCUUGCGACGAGACUAUCUUGGAAUUGAAAAAUUAUGUGCCAAAAUAUUUCGGUACGACCGAGAUAUUAUACUCAGACAAAAAUGUAAAAUUCGUCGUGCUUCAAGAUAUAACAGAGGGCAUGGCCGAACCAUGCGUGAUGGAUGUAAAAAUCGGCAAACGUACGUGGGAUCCAUUGGCCAGCGAAGAAAAGAGGAUAAGCGAGGAAAAGAAAUACGCCCAAUCGAAGGAAGCUUAUGGCUUUUGCAUUACCGGUUUUCAAGUGUAUUGUCUCUCGGGUGGCGAGCUUAAGAAGUUUGACAAGAAUUAUGGCAAGACACUUACUCCCCAAGCGGUAGUCGAAGCAUUGAAGAUCUUUCUAAACGUGACACCGCAGAGGCCAGCAUGUCGUCAAUUGAUCGUCAAAUUGUUAUCCCUACUUUGGAAGAUACUCGUUAUAUUUCGUAAGCAAGAAAACUUUCGUUUUUAUUCGAGUUCAAUACUGAUCGCUUACGAUGCCAGAAGAUUACGUUAUUAUCAGCGUUUUGGGAAUGACGAUAAGAAAAAAUCAUCGAUAAAUUGUCAACGUGCCAAGUCAUUUUCUUCGAUGUUGUCGAGUAGCGGAACGAACGAAAAGAAUUUGGAAAAGGGUAGUUCCUCUUCGUCAAAGGAAUCAUCUCAGAAUAUUCAAGAUCUUCGUAGGAAGGUUUUAGAAAGGACACGAUUGCUGAAACGUAGCGUUAGCCUACAAUUUGGUAUUAAGGAUUGUUCUAAUUCAUUCGAAAGGGAUAAUACGUAUCGUGAAGUAUCGUUAUUGCAAAGAAGCGAUUCCUAUGGUCCAGAUUCGAAGAUAGACAAAUUAUGUCGUACUCAUUCCCAUGUUAAUAAUUUUGAUCAGGAGAUUGCCAAUAUGAAGGAGGAUUACGUUGCACUUUUGAACGAACUUAGCAGUACCUACGAGGACAAACAAAAUUGGGUCAGGGUGAACAUGAUCGAUUUCACUCACGUAUUUCCUGCACCAAAUGAGACCGCAGGCUUGGACCACAAUUAUCUCGAGGGUAUUGAAAAUUUGAUCAAACUUUUCGAGACCUUUCUGAUACAGAAAGAAGGAUAUACCUUGACGUUGGACACGUAAGAGACGAUUAAUGAUCUAUAUACGUAUAAAUAUACAUAUACAUAUAUAUAUAUAUACAUAUAUGUAUAUACUGUACCAUACCUGAUGAUCCUUUUGAUUUAACGAAGGUCUAUCAAAGACUGGAAUUUAUUUUCUUUCGAAUAAUAUAAAUGAGAAAAUGAAAGAGAAAUAUAGAUAGAUAGAUAGAUAGAUAGAUAAAUAGAUAAAUAGAUAGAAUAGCUAAAUAGAUAAAUAGAUCAAUAGAUAAAUAAAUAGAUAGAUAGAUAAAUAGAGAGAGAGAGAGAGAGAGAGAGAGAAAGAAAGAGAGAGAGAGAGAGAAAGAAAGAAAUAGAGAUAGAGAUAGAGAUAAAGAGAAAAGAAACGACUCAUAUAUGUACAUAUAUCGUUCUGUAUGUCAAAAAGCAUUGACAAAUAAAGAUAAAACUCUUAUCGCAUUAUAUUAUUAUUAAUGUUAUUUUUCUUCUUUUUUUUGUUUUAUUUAUUUAUUUAUUUAUUUAUUUAUUUAUUUAUUUAUUUUUUUUUUUAUUCACCAUUCACUCGUAAACAGUUUUUACAUUGUCGCCUUUUCGUAGUAACUCUUUACUCGAGCGCGACGUAUCAACUGACAAUAAUAAUUAAUAAUUCGCUUAAUUCGCCGUAACAUUUAUAAUAAUAUUUAUAAUAUAUAUAUUUAUAUAUAUAUAUAGAUUUACUUUGUUUAUUUAUAUAUUUAUAAUCGAUUGCUUACGAUCAUCGCCUGUAGUCACGUGGCACAUCGCUCGCCGCAUUUUCUCUCUCACUCGUAAUUUUUUUUUCCCUCAUCAUUUAUUUAUUUAUUUUAUUUUAUUUUAUUUUAUUUUAUUUAUGUAAUAUUUUUUUUUUCUUUCCUUUCGUCCCACUCCCUCCUUCUUUUUGGCACGCGUGUCGCACGCGCGAGUGAUAAGUAUAAAUCAUUCGUUUUUUCUUGUUAGAUAUCGAUCGAUUUAUUUUUAAGAUAAUUUAAUUCUGAAUUUUUGCGCUUUCUAAGGAAUAAAGUAAACGAGAAAAAAAGAAAAAAGAAAAAUAAAGCAAAAUAAAUAAUACAAAGUGACGGUACAAUUAAUUUUCGAAUAAAUUUCGAAUUGGAAAAAUUCUUUUUUUAAUCUUCUUAUUUUUUUUUUUUUGGUUUUGAUAUUUCCGUUCUUUUCUUUUUUUUGUUUUUUCCAUUCCAAAUCCAUUUAUUUCUCCUAAUUCAUUAACCGAGGACUAAUUAGCACUGACUCGGACGCAAUAAACAAUUCUUGCUUUAUUUCGAAAUAACAAUCGAAGACAGUAAGAAUAUUUCGUAUCUUUUCCAAAUUAUACACGCAAUGGCUUAUCUCUAUCAUAUACAGGGUGUACCAGAAAGUCACUAUUUAUUUCAGUGACUCAUUGGUAGACUUUAUUUUUUUAUUUUUUUUAUUUUCUUUUCCCUCUGCUUUUAAAUUCUACGCUGUCAAAAAAGAUAUGUACAUACAUAUUUCCGCGAGUGCAAAUUAGUGUAUACGAAGAAACGAGAGGAAGAAAAAAGAAAGGAAAAAAAAAAAAAAAAGAAAAGAAAA